AUGCCUAACUUUGAUGAAACUUCUGAGUACAAAGUAUAUCCACUGCACAACAGCAGCAAUAUGAGGACAACCUACAUGAUGUGCAAUCGCGCCUUCAAGUCUGAAGGUGACGGAAAAAGCCAAGAAAUUGUUUCCUACUGUACUGCCUAUAAGAAGGUUGUUGAAAACGAAAACCAAAUAAGGUUGGAACAUUCUUCCACACAUAUCCACGAGGAGCAGGCCUCAGUGCUCAAGCUGAGUACAAGGCUUCCCUAUGGGAAUGUGCUCGCUCAGCUACAGGAUUAUUGCCGCGAAAUUCUUGGUGCAACUCGAGAAAUUGCAUCAAAUCGAUACCGUAUCAGGCAGACGAGAGUCGAUUUGCACAAUGAGUCUGAUGGAAUACGGUAUUAUAGUGCAGCAGAGGAGCCUAGCGAAGAUGGAUCUGUAAUAGUACUAACAUUAGAGCUCUAA